GCUUCUAACCUCAUCUACAGAAAAUCAUCUCCACCGUCGCCUCCGGGUGAUAUCUCUCCAGCUGAUUCAUCGACUACAAACCCAGUUAUUCACUCGGCCAGUGCCUCUUUCUCGCAUGUAGGAAGCGCCAGUGAGCAUUUUCUCGAAUUCAAUCUGUCGACCGCGCCGGAGAAUCACCUUGACCAGCAAUGGGAGGAAGACUGGGGUGAAGAGAUAUCCUCGACUCGCCCAUCAGAUCUAGAAGCCAUCGAAAACCGAAGAAACCAUGACGAGAAGCAUGAGCUAGGCGCUGAUCACGAUAUGUCUUUGCAGCAUCGGUCAAAAAAAUUCCAACUUAGUCCGACACCGUCCGAUGACGGCCUACCUCUAUUUCGGAGCGCCAGCCCGGAUCAAGGGACCUCCUCGCCCCACCAAUCAGGCGUGUGCUCGGAGGAUGCUAACUAUGGCCGAAAAUCCGCGAGACAGUUGAGCGAGGAGCCAAGGCUGCCAGAGGUUGGCAUUGCAACAACCGAAGGUACAGCAUCACCUCGGUUCUUGCCCCAGCUAGAGGUUGACUUGCCAACAGAAGAGAUGAUAAUCAAUGAUAUCCACAUGAUUUAUGCCGGUCUUGACAUGUGCGAGAAAGUAGCCAUUAGAUAUGACGAGCAGUUUUCCGCCAUGGACACCGUGGCCUCGCAAAAUCAACUUGAAAAACUUACCCAAGUGCAUUUGACGCUAGUGAGUGAGCAGCAUGAUUUCUUCAGAGCCUGUUCAGAUCCGGCUGCAGGCCCCAGUGUGAAAACCCUGCCUGAUGCAUACAUGAUGCCAACUCGCCUGUGGCGCUACGGGAUUCAUGACUACUUGGAAAUGAUGCGCCACCAACUCCCUGAGUCCCUCGAGUACAUGCUUGGCUUUAUACAAGACGUUUACAAAACGAUGGCCUCUAUGGUAUCAGAGUUUCCUGCCUAUGAAGAGACCUGGUUGGAGUGCUUGGGGGAUCUUUCGAGGUACCGAAUGGCCGCGGAAACCACUGACACAGAGGACCGUAGGCUGUGGGCUCGCAUUGCAAUGACUUGGUACAAUCGAGCAGCCGAUCGGAACCCAGGCAUGGGAAAAUUCCAGCACCAUCUUGGAGUCAUGGCUCGACAUGAUGUCGCACAGAGACUCUUCUACUACACAAAAUCUCUACUUGUCCAGCAGCCUUUUCUGGGCACAAGGACGAGUAUUCUCGACCUAUUCAAUCCAUUUCUUAGAAACUUCAUGGCAAUGCGCCGUAUCCCACCAGUUGGCCCAUUCAUCGCUGCCCACGCAUUUCUUUUUACCGGAGACUUUGGCGACAGACUUUACCAUUCCGUCAAUAUUUUCCUGUCCCAUCUGGAUCAAUACGUGACUCACCUCAAUGAGAAAUUCAUCUUGCAAGGGUUUUUCAUAUCAGCCAGUAAUAUCGCCGCGAUCAUGGGAUACGGGCACGAAGAUGCACUACUACCACCUGAGUUUGAUGUAUCGACUGGGUUACCGUCAGCAGAUCCCCAAGGCUCUUCUGCAGCGGCAGCUCUUCGCUGGACUUCACCUGAUGAUCUCGACACGGUGCAGAUAGACUUACUCGCCUAUAAAGAGUCGCCAAACAUGGCACCGACACUAUUCUAUGGCUCUUAUAUGGCGUAUCGGACCAUGUCAGUGCUUCUUGAUCGAAUUGGGGACCAAAAUAUCUACGCAGCAUGCCAUGUCUAUCUUGCAUUUCUGUGGUGUCUUGCAUUGACUCCCACGGGAAUGAAGCAUGUGGAGGCCGUCGUACCUUGGAGGAACAUCUCAAGUUUUCUCAAUUCUUUGUUUCGCAGCUACAUCAAGCCGGGUAUCGCCGAAAAGCCGGAGUUCCCAGUCUCCGAGGAAACGACAUGGGUUGCCGAGGACUACCUUAUUAGAGGACACUGCUGGAGCGAACGCUUAUACCCUCCAUCGUUUUUCGAUGGUGCGCCUUCUGUAGACGACAUGAGGAAUGACGAACUGCCGUCUCGUUGCAUCACGAGGAUGUAUAGAUGUAUAUGGUUAGGCGUGAGGCUCUCCACGUUCAACCGCUGGAUAACAUACGAUGCCGGUUCUCACAAAUUCUCCACAACUCGAUUUGCCCUGGAUCUAGAAACGAUUGCCGAGAGAAAUGAUCCAUUUGCCAGUCGAAAAAGCUAA